GUGCCGCUGCCGCUGCCGAUCGUUUUGGCCCCUACCUUAUGUCCCAGGGCCCCGCGGGCCCUCGAGUUGUGGGGCGUCCGCACUGGGGUGUCCAGACAACGUUCCUUGCGAGCUCCGGGAGGCGGGAAGACAGCCCCGGGCGUCCCGCCUUUCUUCUCCAGAAAACGCAAGCCCCGCAUCGCGCUCUCCCAUUCCUCCUGCUCCAACGUCCUCUGGUCCUUCUUUCUGUCUGUGCCUCCGUCUUUGUCUCAACCUCUCAGGUUUGCCCGCUCCCUGCCCAGAUUUUGUGGCCCAGGCCCCUGGCUGCCUGACUCCGGGUUUCUGUCCCCUUCCUGCCUCUGAGCUUCUAUCUGGGCCUCCCCUGUGGGAGGCUUGCGACUUGACCAGUUUUGGCCUCAGCCCCCAUCUGGGUCCCUGUCCCCAUCUGUGCUGGUCUUCCUCCCCGCUUCUCCCUCGCUUGCCUGGGUGAGCUGCUUCUUUCCUGAUCCCCAGAGGAGCCCAGUGCCCCUGCCCUGGGGAGGGGCAAAAUGGAGAGGCCCAGCCUCCGUGGCCAGCACAUGGGGUCCCUGAGUUAGUUGCUGCCCUUCUUCAAACUCAGUUUCCUUUCCUGUUCUGAGGAAAGAGGUAUGUCCCUCUCCCAGCCUUUCCACGCCCGUGUGAUUGUGAGAGCCUUGUGGGGUGUGUGUUUGGGAAGGCAACUGGGGUACAAAUGAUAGGACACAGUGGGGAAGAGACAGGGAGGGGGUCUCUGAGGGCCAUGGCUAGGGUGGGCAGGACCCUGAAGCUGAGGAUGGGGAGAUUGGAAAUGGUGACUUUCUCUGCUGGGUUGGGAGUGAAGAGAAAACAGAGGCACAAAGUCUCAAACAGCGUUCUACAUAGAGCUAGAGAGUCCCGCACUCUCACCCUCAGCACUGUUUGGAGACUCUGGCCCCCAACCCUGACACACACAUACAUGAACAUCUGCUUGCCCUGUUGACUUAGGACCUUGAGCCACUUGGGUACCCUCCCUGAGGCCAGCCAUUCUACCUUGCUGUCUCAUUCCCAGGGCUUAGUGUCUCUAUUUCUUCCUCAGGAAACUGUGGGGAUGGCUUUUUAAGAACCACAGGCUAGGACCCUUGGGUGUUCACAUGGGCUCCAGUCUCCCCACGGGUUGGAGACUGUCCCUUAGAGACUGUCUUUUCCUCUUCCCUGGUGGGUCCUUAGACAGCAGUUCCUUCUCUCUGGAAAUUCAAGGCUCAGGAUGGGGACCUCUGAGUUUGUAACUCUGACAUAGUCUGUUCCAAAGGUAUUGACCUCGGGAUCCUGGGAGGUUUAUACUGUUCUUGGACACCCUUUGAUUUACAGAGGGGUCAGCAUUGGCUAGGGUCUCCUGUCCUCUGCCUGGGACUUCACUGCUUGCAUCCCUCCCCACUGCUGUGUUUGGAGCUGGGUCCCUUCGCAUCUCUCUUCUUGUCUGUCCUUUCCUGGUCCCUGUUUCCUCCUCUCUUUGCCUUCGCUGCUUCUAAUCUCAUCCCCUGGAGACCCAGGUCUGCUGGACCCAUCCAUCCCCUUUGGGGCCAUGGGAUCACUGCUUGGGCUCCUGGCACUGCUGCUGCUGUGGGGUGCUGUGGCUGAGGGCCCAGCCAAGAAGGUGUUGACCCUGGAGGGAGACUUGGUGCUGGGUGGGCUGUUCCCAGUGCACCAGAAGGGCGGCCCAGCAGAGGACUGUGGUCCUGUCAAUGAGCACCGUGGCAUCCAGCGCCUGGAGGCCAUGCUUUUUGCACUGGACCGCAUCAACCGUGACCCGCACCUGCUGCCUGGCGUGCGCCUGGGUGCGCACAUCCUCGACAGCUGUUCCAAGGACACACAUGCGCUGGAGCAGGCACUGGACUUUGUGCGUGCCUCACUCAGCCGUGGUGCUGAUGGCUCACGCCACAUCUGCCCCGACGGCUCUUACGCCACCCAUGGUGAUGCUCCCACUGCCAUCACUGGUGUUAUUGGCGGUUCCUACAGUGAUGUCUCCAUCCAGGUGGCCAACCUCUUGCGGCUAUUUCAGAUCCCGCAGAUCAGCUAUGCCUCCACCAGUGCCAAGCUGAGUGACAAGUCCCGCUAUGACUACUUUGCCCGCACAGUGCCCCCUGACUUCUUCCAAGCCAAGGCCAUGGCUGAGAUUCUCCGCUUCUUCAACUGGACCUAUGUGUCCACUGUGGCGUCUGAGGGCGACUAUGGCGAGACAGGCAUUGAGGCCUUUGAGCUAGAGGCUCGUGCCCGCAACAUCUGUGUGGCCACCUCGGAGAAAGUGGGCCGUGCCAUGAACCGUGCAGCCUUUGAGGGUGUGGUGCGAGCCCUGCUGCAGAAGCCCAGUGCCCGCGUGGCUGUCCUGUUCACCCGUUCUGAGGAUGCCCGGGAGCUGCUUGCUGCCAGUCAGCGUCUUAAUGCCAGCUUCACCUGGGUGGCCAGUGAUGGCUGGGGGGCCCUGGAGAGUGUGGUGGCAGGCAGUGAGGGGGCUGCUGAGGGUGCCAUCACCAUCGAGCUGGCCUCCUACCCCAUCAGUGACUUUGCCUCCUACUUCCAGAGCCUGGACCCUUGGAACAACAGCCGGAAUCCCUGGUUCCGUGAAUUCUGGGAGCAGAGGUUCCGCUGCAGCUUCCGGCAGCGAGACUGCGCAGUCCACUCUCUCCGGGCCGUGCCCUUUGAGCAGGAGUCUAAGAUCAUGUUUGUGGUCAAUGCAGUGUAUGCCAUGGCCCACGCGCUCCACAACAUGCACCGUGCCCUCUGCCCCAACACCACCCGGCUCUGUGACGCAAUGCGGCCAGUCAACGGGCGCCGCCUCUACAAGGACUUUGUGCUCAACGUCAAGUUUGAUGCCCCCUUUCGCCCAGCUGACACCCACAAUGAGGUCCGCUUUGACCGCUUUGGUGAUGGUAUUGGCCGCUACAACAUCUUCACCUAUCUGCGUGCAGGCAGUGGGCGCUAUCGCUACCAGAAGGUGGGCUACUGGGCAGAAGGCUUGACUCUGGACACCAGCCUCAUCCCAUGGGCCUCACCCUCAGCCGGCCCCCUGCCAGCCUCUCGCUGCAGUGAGCCCUGCCUCCGAAAUGAGGUGAAGAGUGUGCAGCCGGGCGAGGUCUGCUGCUGGCUCUGCAUCCCGUGCCAGCCCUAUGAGUACCGAUUGGAUGAAUUCACCUGUGCCGACUGUGGCCUGGGCUACUGGCCCAAUGCCAGCCUGACUGGCUGCUUUGAACUUCCCCAGGAGUACAUCCGCUGGGGCGAUGCCUGGGCCGUGGGACCUGUCACCAUCGCCUGCCUGGGUGCUCUGGCCACCCUCUUUGUGCUGGGUGUCUUUGUGCGGCACAAUGCCACACCAGUGGUCAAGGCCUCGGGUCGGGAGCUCUGCUACAUCCUGCUGGGUGGUGUCUUCCUCUGCUACUGCAUGACCUUCAUCUUCAUUGCCAAGCCAUCCACGGCAGUGUGUACCUUACGGCGUCUUGGUUUGGGCACUGCCUUCUCUGUCUGCUACUCAGCCCUGCUCACCAAGACCAACCGCAUUGCACGCAUCUUCGGUGGGGCCCGGGAGGGUGCCCAGCGGCCACGCUUCAUCAGUCCUGCCUCACAGGUGGCCAUCUGCCUGGCGCUUAUCUCAGGCCAGCUGCUCAUUGUGAUCGCCUGGCUGGUGGUGGAGGCACCGGGCACAGGCAAGGAGACGGCCCCCGAACGGCGGGAGGUGGUGACACUGCGUUGCAACCACCGCGAUGCAAGUAUGUUGGGCUCGCUGGCCUACAACGUGCUCCUCAUCGCACUCUGCACGCUUUAUGCCUUCAAGACUCGCAAGUGCCCUGAAAACUUCAAUGAGGCCAAAUUCAUUGGCUUCACCAUGUACACCACCUGCAUCAUCUGGCUGGCAUUCCUGCCCAUCUUCUACGUCACCUCCAGUGACUACCGGGUACAGACCACCACCAUGUGCGUGUCAGUCAGCCUCAGCGGCUCCGUGGUGCUUGGCUGCCUCUUUGCACCCAAGCUGCACAUCAUCCUCUUCCAGCCGCAGAAGAACGUGGUUAGCCACCGGGCGCCCACCAGCCGCUUUGGCAGUGCUGCUGCCAGGGCCAGCUCCAGCCUUGGCCAAGGGUCUGGCUCCCAGUUUGUCCCCACCGUUUGCAAUGGCCGUGAGGUGGUAGACUCGACAACAUCAUCACUUUGAAGACCCCAUACUCCCGCCCUGACACAGCUGCUCCUGGAAACCUAGUGCAGACCCGCGUCCAGGGCCAGGAGGAAGUUGGCUGGAGCACUGCAAUAAUUUAUUGCCCACCCCAUGUCUGCCCCCAAAGUCACUUACCCACCUCCUUACCCCAACUCUUAGACUCAGAAGUCAGGAGCCUUGGCCGGGAGCCUCUGCAGUGGCCACAAACUGCCCUUGUAGCUGUGUUUCAUCCUGGCCAGGCCCAGGGCUCGGAGAGGAGCAAGCCAGGGUCCAGUCUGUCCUGGACCGGGGUGGCGGAGGACGGCAGGCCCCAGUCCUAACCAGCAAAGGUGCUUCCAGCCCAGCCCCUCCCCCUAUCUAGGGCCUUUUUUAUUUUUUAUAUCAGUUACUCUGGGAUGGGGAGGGUGGUUAUUGUGGGGGCUGCCCCUCCCCCACACAGUAGUUUGUCCUGUCGUUUAUUUUGUAUUACCUGUAAAUAAAGUGGCUUUAUUUUAAAAAA